GGUGGCUUUGCCCUGCCACAGGGCAGGGUUAGGUGCUGGAAAGAAAUCCUUGAGUGAGCGUGGGGAGGCACAGGGUGCCCAGAGAUGCUGUGGGUACCCCAUCCUUGGAAUUAUUCCAGGCCAGUCUGGAGGGGCUUGGAGCAGCCUGUGGAUAGUGGAAGGUGUCCCUGCCAUGGCAGGAGGGUGGAAUGAGAUGAUCUUGAAGGUCCCUUCCAUCCCAAAGCAGUCUGUGACUCAGUGACCACCUGAAUAAAAGCUGGUUCCUUGUUCCCACCAUAACCUGUGUGACCUGCCUGCCCCUGGGGAGUUCUUGCAUCUGACAUCCCAGAUCAUCUGUGCCCUCGGCCUGCAGUCUCUGAACUGGCUCCCUGUGAGGCAUAAGGUGUGGUGACAUCAGGAGGCAGAUGUCACCAUCGCUGUGCUGUAGGACAGCUCACUCUUGUGAGAGCUCCCUGAUGCUAUUUUUAGUUGCUUCGUUUUCUUUCUGUUGUAGAAAUAAUUGUUGCUGUCUCUUUGUUCAUGUUCAGCUACCCUUCCCUUCCCACUGCUGAGAGACUGCAAUAACUAAAGCUCUCUAAAACAUGAAUGUCUUUGGCCCAAAAAUUGGCAAAGCAUAAUAGAAGAUUAAUUUUAAGUAGCCCUCACUAAAGGACUAAAAUUAUUUUUUUUCCCCAAGUGACUGCACUUCAGUGCUCGUUUUUCUUCCACAAGUUGAAUUAAACCAAGGAGCUUGUUCUUGCCAACACGUGAUAUUAGUUUGCAUUGUCAUCUGUGAUAACAGGUCUUAGAUAACAUGGAAAUUAAGGGAAAAGGAAGAGCAGGCUUCAGUCUUCUAGGAAACCUGCAGGGAUGCUUUCAAGCCUUAACUUGUUCACUGUGUUGGGUUAGGAAUGUGAGUCUUCCUUGAGGAUACUUGCUUAAAUUCUUAGAUCCAUGGCUGUUUACUUUUUUUCCCUUUUUCUUUGUCUGUUUCGUUCCAUUUUCAUUGUUCUGUGUUCUUCUUGCAUUUAAUUCACUACAAUAACCACAACAUUUGCUGCAGUUCAGGUGUUUGGUGCAGCUACACAGAAACCAGGCCCUGCACCUUGUGCUGCAUCUGUUCAGUGACUGCCAGUUUCUAUUUGCCUUUUUUCCUUACUUUUUACAGAUCCCAUCUAAAAUCACUGAAACUCCAAGGCUAGAAAGUGUUAUGACUUUGCUCCUUCCCCAGCUCCUGCCCUAGCUUAUUUAGUGACUGAGCCACAGGAGGUGGAACAUGGCUGGACAAAUAUCAGAGGCUGAUCAGAUCAAGCAGUUCAAAGAGUUUCUUGGCACAUACAAUAAACUUACAGAAAACUGCUUUGUGGAUUGCAUAAAGGAUUUCACUAGCAGAGAUGUGAAACCAGAAGAGAUAACUUGCUCAGAAAACUGCUUGCAGAAGUAUCUAAAGAUGACACAGAGGAUCUCCAUGAGAUUCCAGGAGUACCACAUCCAGCAGAACGAGGCUCUGGCAGCCAAGGCAGGACUGCUCAGCCAACCUCGUUAGAGCCGAGCACCGUGCUCAGACUUACCUGUGCCAAGAACACACUGGGGGAUUCCUGUAAGGAUGUGUGUCCAGCAGCUCAGAGCAGAGCUCAGGCAGUGGGAGCAGAAGGGUUAAACAGGAGCUCAGUCCUGAUGGCCUUGCAGUGGAGUUUGUUUCCACAAGGGAAUGAUGCAGAUAAAACAUUUCCCAGGGCCCACAGACUGGUGUCUGCAUUUCAGGGGUGGUGGGAGGGCUCACCUGCCUUUUGCUGAAACUGGUUGAGAUGAAUCAAUGUAAUGUGGGGAAUACACUUUUUUAUUUAAUUCAAAUAAAAUCAGCUGGAGCCAUA